AUGCCACUUUCAAUAGAAUUAGAUAAUAAAAAUAAAAAAAUUAUGAUUCCAUUUAAAAACUCUAUGACAAUUAAAGAGUUAAUGGAAUCUGCUGUAAAAAGAGCAGGUUUAUCACAAAAUGAUACCUUUACAUUAGAAUAUAAUAAUGCAGAGCUUUUUGAAGAUGAUACAUUAGAGCAAUUAGGUAUUCAAGACAAUACUGUAUUGCUUUUAAAAUCAUUAAAUAAUAUGGUUCAAGUAACUUCAAUUUCAGACAACAACAAUACUGUGAUCCCAACAACCACAACUACAACCACAGCAACAAAUACUGUAGCUAUUGGUACUAGUCAAGUUAUUAGCUGUAUUGAUGUUAUUGUCAUUGAUUUAAGUGGAUCGAUGAGUGCUCCAGCAUUUAUGGGUUCAUAUAAACCAGGAGAACUAGAAAUGAAAAGAAUAGAGUUUGCCCAAGCAUUGUUCCAAACAUUUAUCGAUAAAAUGGUAUCAUAUGAAUUACCAGCAGUAUGUGGUUUGGUUUGUUUUGGCUCAGUCGCAAAACUUACAUUUGGUAUUACCAAGAAUUUUGAUUCAUUUUCAACUGAAUUAGGAGAAAUUCAAGCAAAUAUGGGUGGCACAAGUCUUUGGGAAGCUAUUGUUUUGGCUGCAAAAACUAUUGUAGAUUUUAGAAAUAACCCACCAUCAGAUAUCAAAUUAGCAGAACCAGAAAAACUUUUUUGCAGGGUAUUCUGUCUUACCGAUGGCCAAGACACAUCAAACUAUCCAUUAUAUGACGCAUAUAGUUACCUUAAAAAAAAUAGAAUUGUUUUAGAUAGUAUCCCAAUCGGUGAGAUCUCUCAACUUUUAUUAGCCCUCUCAACUGGAACUGGCGGUAGUUGUUUUGUUGCAGAUACAGCCCAAGAGGGUAUAGGGUUAUUCGAACGUGAAGCUUUACUUUCAUUGGGAUGCAGAGAAAACUUUAAUCAUGAUGGUGUUGAUGUUCCAGAUAUAAAUGAAUUAAAAAAGUUGGGUGGUAUUUUCCAAAAGUCUAUUGAAAGAAAAGCUGAUUCUCAAUCAACAGUUACAUGUAAAUCAGUUGUAGAUACCAAUACUAUGGAAAGCUCUGGUUUGUCUAGAGGUCCUUCUGGUAAACGUUUAGUCAAAGAGUACAAUAAUUUGGUCAAUGACAUCUCAAGUGAUCCAACACAAUAUCCAUAUUCAGUCUAUGUUGGUGAAAAUAAUCUUUCUACUUGGAAAUUCAUCCUCAAAGGCCCAGUCGACUCUCUAUAUGAAAAUGGUUCUUUUGUCAUCUCUUUCAAUUUCCCAGAUGAUUAUCCAAUGAAGCCACCAAAGGUUCGUUUCUUAACCAAAAUCUAUCAUUGCAAUAUUAAUAAUGAUGGCAGUAUAUGUUUAGAUAUUUUAAAAGAUAGUUGGUCUCCAUCGUUAACAGUUGGUAAAAUUUUAUUAUCACUUCAAGCACUAAUGGUAAAUCCAAAUCCAAAUGAUCCAUUAGAUGUUGUUAAGGCUGGUGUAUAUAGAGAUAGUUUAGAAACAUAUAAUAACAAAGCUAGAGAAUGGGUUUCAACUUAUGCCAGUUUUAGUUUAGAUGAUUUAAAGAAAGCUCAUGGAUUAGAGUAAAUUAAAAUUCAAAUCAAAUUAAACAAAAUCAAAUUAAACAAAAUCAAAUUUGAUAAAAUCAAAUAAAUAAAAUCUUUUAAAUAACAAAAAAAUAUAAAAUAGUGAAAGUGAAAGUGCAUUAAUUUAUUACUUUUUAUUUUUAUUAAAUUGGGAUAGUUUAAUUUUAUUUGAUAUUUAUAUUUUUGAAUAAACAACUACAAGAUCACCUUGUAAAUUUAAUAAUUCAGUGGAAAAUAAAAAUUUUAGUACCAU